UGUUAGUGGAGCGCUUGUGCGACGAGAGGAGGUGGUUAUGAGCAGAGGCUAAACGAUGGCCGCUUCCUCGGUGCGGUGGCUGAAGAGACUGUGCCUUUUCGUCUUGAUAUGCCCCCUCUGCGUGCCAGCCUUCUUGAACCUGGAGGAGCUAAAUGAAAUGAAAUAUGGGAUUCAAAUUCUUCCUGACCCCGUCAUCUUGGGGCAGACCAAGACAGAGGAGGUCAUGAUGGUGUCCAAUAAGUACAAGCAGCUCUAUGAAUGUCGACUUCCAGCCCAGGCGGUCCGGUUUCAUCAGGAUCCAGCUUCUGAACCCGACUCGCUGGGCUACACUGGGCCCGACAUCCCGGACCUGCUCAGGCCGAUGCACAAAGCCCCCUGUCUUGUAAAGACAAAGGAUUGGUGGACAUAUGAAUUUUGUCACAGUCAGCAUAUCAGACAGUAUCAUCUUGAAGACUCUGAAAUUAAAGGGGACAUUCUCUUUCUGGGAUACUACGAGUCUGAAUUUGACUGGAACAAUGAAACGGCGAAGGCCUCCAAACGGCACAAGCUGAAGCGAUACCACAGCCAGGCCUACGUAAAUGGGUCCAAGUGUGACCUGAACGGAAGCCCUAGAGAGACUGAAGUCCGGUUUGUAUGUGAAGAAGGCUCCAGUGACUACAUCGCCCGAGUGGACGAGCCACAGUCGUGCCGCUACGUGUUGACGGUUCACACCAGUCGCACCUGCCAGCAUCCGUUCCUGCGGCCGCCGUCCAGCUCCAAGCCGCAGGGCAUUGUCUGCCAGCCGGCUCUGAGUGCGCAGCAGUACAUGGACUAUGUGAAGGCUCAAGUCUCGGACACGAAGCGCAAAGUGGAGCAGAUCUCCGAGGAGCUGAAGAGCCUGGAUGAGAUGUUGGCCGGUAAUGAAGGCGCAGACGGAACCGUGGAGGUGACGGCAGAGGAGGCCACACCUCCGCCAGGCAACGACCAAGAGCCCUCAGAUGCAGGAAAGACCGACUUGUCUGAAGAUGCAGCAUCAGAAGAGACGGAGGAUGCUGACUUUUGGGAAGGAGUUACAAAACCUGGGAAAUUAAAAUCAACAACUUCUCAACAAGACAAUGAGGUGGUGGACGGUGACUAUAGCUCCCCAGUGGACAAUGAAGGAGAUGAAGUAGAAAGAUUCAACUUUAAAAUCAUUACUGACCCAGCAGAUCUGAUGAAGUUUGUUCAACAUCUUAAGGAGAGUAACAGGAAGAAAGCAGAAAACCAGGCCAAAAGUAGAGAAGAGAAACCAGCAGGCGACACUGAUGCAGGAAUGCUCAGAGGGGAGGAGAAAGACGGAGAUGAACGGCUGCUAGAGGAAUUCGAGGAGGAGAUGGCCGACCUCUCUGUGCCUUCUGGGAAGAUCGAAGAGAUAAAAGAGGAAAUGCAGAAGGAGUUUGACAACAUCAUAGACGAGGCCCAGCAAGAACUGGAAACGGAGGGUCUUAAAGGGGAGUUCGAUCGCACUCAGGCAACACAGGCGCUGGAGACGACAUUAGAUAAGUUACUGGAUCAUCUGGAGGAGAAGGAUGUUCAAGAUCCCGAGCAGCAGGAGCUCCAAAGGGCCCGUGACCCGAGCCGAGGCAGCCCCAGCCUGGCUCCUAAGCAGCCAGAACAAGCAGCUGAUGACCACGUUAAGAUCAAAAUUACUAAGUAUAAGACGGGCAGCAGCCCUGAUGAUGAGGUCAAAGUUCAGGAGAUGGGCGAAGGAGACCCCCAGUGGCAGCACAUAAAGGACGUGGUUAAAGAACAGCUAGAGAAGGCAGGACUAAAGGCUGAAGGUAAAAUCGAAGUGAAGAUUUUGACGCGAAAGAAUGCAGAGGAGGCAGGCGAUCAGUGGCUGACCGAAGAAGAUACAAAGUCCUUCAGGGAGCUGCUCAUAAAUCUCCUGACCGGAGGCACAGAGGAGGUUUAUAAAGAGCAAAAACGGCAGCAAGAGCUGGAAAACAACUACAGGUUUGUGUGGGGAGAAAGUCAGGAGGAUACCCAGUCGUCGUCCAGCGCGUCGGACUCGGACGAUGUGGACAUCUGAGCUCCCGCUGUCCGUUCACUGCUCCUGCUGUGACAAAUCCUGAGGAGACCAGCAGGUGGAGGGGCUCGAAAUUAUUGCCACAGUUUUAAUAAAAAGCCUGAUUGAUUUGGUUGUUGCUGUUGAGCUCGGUAUCUAACUCGGCUGUCUGCACAUCCAGGAAAUGAUUUAAUGUGAAUUGAAAUGGGACAAAAAACGUCGCCGUCUGCCAUGGACAACGUCCAGAUGUUGCACAGUGAAAAGUCAGCCGCAUUUAUGCAGUUGAAUGAAGUUAUGCAUUUUCCCUUUUUUGAUGGGAUUCGGUUCAUUGUAGGCUGACACAGCCUGGUGACAUAAGGGCGCAUAUGUUUCUAGAAACCUUUUCCAGUUUUACUGAACAUUUACGCCGAGCUGCCAUGCUGAAAAAUAUAGCUACUACAACAACAAGCAACUUUCAAACCUGAAAUAUUUAGUUACAACAAGCAUUACAAUUACUCUCAGCCGUAUGUUGGUGUCUUGGUACAUUUUAUUAUACAGUUUUAUUUAUUUUUUGUCACUAUGUCACUAAACAGUUAAAAACAACAUUUUGUUGCAUUUUUUUAUGUGACAGAUCAACACAAAGCAGUUAUUCUAUCGGAAGUGGGAAAAUAGGUACAUUGCAUUCAAGUGUUUUAGUAAUUGAAUAUGGCUUGAAUUUGCAUUCAGCCCCUUGAGUUAAAACAGUGUAGAACAGUUUCAGAUCAAAGUCAUUUUUAUUUCUCUACCAGCACCAAACUUGUAGAGGCUGAAUUGUUCAUUCGUCUUUGAAAUAUAGCUCAAACUCAUGUGGACUGAAUAGAGGUGGUUUCUAAAUUGGACGUUUCAAGUCUUGCCACAGUUUGCCGAUGGGAUUUAGGUCUGGAAUCAUUGAAAAACUUGAACAUGGUUUGGACCAACAGUCCAUUGUCUUGCUGGAAAACGAAUCUCCACCCUUCUCUACAGCCUUCAGCAAACACGUUAAUUGUGUUUCUGGAUUGCCCUGUAUUUGGCUCCACCCAUCUCCCCAUUAGCUUUGAGCUGCCCCGUCACGACUUUCCCCCACAGCUUUCCGCUGCCACAACCACAUCCCUUCAUAGGAGCGGUGUGCUCAUUGUGAUGGGAAGUUUCAGUUUUCCACCAUGUAUUACUUUUUUUGCCUGUUGUCUAAAACGUUACGCUUCACUCUAAGUGACCAGACCACCUUCUCUUACAUGUUCGCUGGGUUUCCUACAUGGCCUUCAGCAUACUUUAGACACUUUCUCUCAACAAGGACUUUCUCCUUCUUGCCACUUUCAUAAAGGGCAGAUUUGUGGCGAUAAUGACACACAGUCCUGUCAAUACAUCCUCCCACCUGAGCGCUGGAUCUCUGCAGCUCCUCCAAAGUUGCCAUGGACCAAGAGAUUAACGCUCUCGCUGUCAGACCUGUGAGUUUAGGUUGCUUUAUACUCUUUCCAUUUUCAGAUAAUGCUUUGAGCAGAGCUCUGCGAGAGAAGCCCGGGGUAUUUUCUAACUUAUUCCUCCUUUAAACUUCACUACUUUCUCGCCGACCUGCCUGAGGUCAUCUUUUCUCUUCAUGUUGGUCCACUAACAAAACUCUGAGGCCUUCACAGAACAGCUGAUUUUGUGAGAUUAAAGUACAAUCAAGACUCUUUACUAAUUGGAUGACCUCUGAGGGCAGAUGGUUGUAGAUGUUUUUAUUUAGUGGUUUUGAAGUAAAAGGGGUUCAGAUUAUUAUUUGUGAAAACCAUCAGUCGUAUUUUCCUUCAGUUUCACAACUGUUUGCACCGGGGUGUUGAUCUGUCACAUAGAAUCCUAAUAAAACACCGACGGGUUUGUGGCUGUAGCACGAUAAAACAUGAAGCGGUCUAACAGGUAUGAAUACUUUUAUGUGACGCUAUAUGUGCACCAACCAAACAUGUUCGAUAACUUUUUGCUGCCAAAUCUUUGCUGCACAUUAUUAAAGGAACUCUGUAAAUGGUUCAGUGAACCAUUGCAAUGCAGCAAGAUAUUCAAGCGUAUUUUUUUUUAUUUGUGACAAAAACAUUUAAUUUAUCUUAAUUUAGCAAAGGAAAUGCCACCGUUCUCCGUGAGGUUCAGCUGCUGAAAUGUGGAUUUAAAGGGCUGAAUUUGUAUAGUUUGUGAAUAACUCUGCUUCUGGGAGCUCUGUUUGUACAUAAUUGUUGUUGAUAUAUUUUGAAUUAUUUUUUUCUGUUUUAUUAGCACAUCUUAAGUGGUAAUUGAACUGCUUGAGUAAAUGUGUUUAACAAUU